AUGAUACAGAGCGAGAUUGCUGCUGCUAGGAAAGCUUGGGUCACCGACGGAUCGUCAUGGCAACCAUGGCCCAUCGUCGAUGCCCAUGCUGAAGGACAAGCUUCCAGGACAUUCCUUCCUUGGACCAAGGACUUCGAGAAACGCAAAUACAGGCUGUCUGGCCACCUGGUGAAGUUGGUUAUGGACUCCUGGUCCUCACAGGCAUCUGACCCACGGGACAAGAUAUUCACCCUUCUUGGGGUCAUCACAGGGGCUGCAGCCGAUGGGUUGAUUGCGGACUAUUCUCUUUCGGUCGAGCAAGUGUAUACUGGUCUGGUCGCAUUUGCCUUGACCAAACAAGGAGAGGUCAACAUUCUCCGUUACGCUAGCGGAUACGCAAAGUCGAGGAACCUACCAUCUUGGGUGCCUGACUGGCGCCUCCUCUCGCGCGACUGGGGAAUCAUGCUACGAAUGGAGCAUAUUGAGCUAGGGGUUCGACGCACUAGUAGCUCUCCGCCCGGUGCGAAAGAAUACCUCCGAUGGGCUUCCCAGGAACGACCUUUUUACAUUCGUCGGCUUAUGCUAUGUGACUCGUUCGACCUGAUUACCCUACAAGUCUCGGACCAUGAGGCGGACAUUGCCGAUGAUAUAGCACAAAUAUCACAGUGGACUGUCCUGCACGGUUCUACCGACUCCCUCGGAGGAUUGCGCACGGAGAACACUCAAGCUAUGUACCUGAAGCUGGCCGAGACGUGCUCUGCAGCCCAUAUGCAAUAUUCUGCAUGGCAGAUAACAUUCUUGAAGAAUCUCAGAGAUCGGAUCAACUUGGUUUGGGACGAUGUUCUACACCGAUUCAAAAAGGAACCUUUCGCGCUGACGGAUGCCUCUGCCCCGUAUCAUUGGCGUACCCCUAUUUUACUACCGGACUUAAUAAAGGCAUUUGGGGGACAGUCUGAUUUCUGGUCCAUGAUCAUAGGCCAACUGAUUACUGCUUCGAUGUCGUCUGAUGAAGAGACAAAAGAGAAGAUUCGACAAGAGCGGCGGCGGCUACAGGCACUGCGCAAGAACAUGAGCCUCUUGAGUGUUACAUGCAAGGCAACGGAGACAGAAACUGCCCUGAACGCACGCAUUUCCGAAGAGCUUGAUUUGCUUGCUAGGGAUCGUCUCCUAUACAUCCAGCAACUGCACACUCGACGGCAAAGGGAAGGUGACAGAUACUGUCCCAGAUGGUACGACUUUGCGGGCAUCAGUUUCUACUGGUACAACAUGCGACAUAUCCAUGGCGACAAAGCUGCCGACUACAUCGAACAGGCUCUGGCGUAUAUGGAUAUCGCGCACACGGAGAACUCGAUCACAGCGGCGUCUGUGUUAAGGGCUAACAUCGAUGCAGCAACAGAGUAUCGAAGAGCAACGCGCAUAGCCUCGAUGGAGGUUAAGUUGACGGCCAAGUCGUUGGAGCUCCCAAUGCUUGAAACGGACCCGGAAGAGAAGAUGGAUGACUGGCAAAAUAUAUUCAUCAUAUGA